UAGGAUUAACCCUUUUACUUGACGUUUUUGUCAACAAAGGUUUGUGGCAAUGGAAUUGAAUGAUUUACCUGAAGAUUGUUUAUUGUAUAUAUUUGAUUAUUUUCCGAAUCUUAAACAACUUUUGAGUUUGUCGACAGUUUGUAGUGGAUGGAACAAUUUGAUUAAAAGAAGACUGAAAAAAAUUCAUUAUUUACAUUUGGAAGAAAAUUCGAGUGAAUUGUCUUUAUGUCGAUCAUUGAAACGGUUUAAUCGAGUUUCUUUUUCUCUAUUUUCAAACGAAUUUCGGUCUUUUAAUUUUCAAGAAAAUCCAUCUUACAAGCAUAUCUACGUGAAUGACCCGAAGUUACUUGAGAAGGUGAAUGUUUCUAAACUGUUACCAAAUCUUAAGGUGAGUUGAUUGUUUCUAAGAAGAAAACAUUUGCUAAUUCUGAUGUUUACUAGUUUUUACUUCAAAUUGCACUGGUUAUAAACAGUGUAUGGGCAAAGCUACGAUCAAUGUUUUAUCGACUUCGAACACGUUGAUCGGAUUUAAGAGUGAAUUCCCAAGUCACAGAAGUGAUGUUUGCAGUUGCUGUCGCAGUGUUCACAUCGAUGAAAUGGUGCAUUAUUGUGAAAAUUUGGAGUAUCUUUCGUCGAAAUCGAAACAUUUUAUUCGGAGUUUUUUCACCGGAUUUGGAAACAAUUUGAAACACUUUGAAGCUUGGAUAGAUUUCUCUGAAUUUUCUUUUCACUCUGGAGCCAUCGAUUCUUUUGCAAGAAUAUUGAGAAAAAUGCCAAAUCUAGAAGCUUUGUCUCUGUUAUAUGACCCUAAAUGUAAUUAUACUGAUUAAUUGAAUUACAUUCACGUACUAAUUUUUUUCUCUUAUAUUUAGUCGAACCUCUUAAAGGGCCUGCACCGAAAAUGAAUUUGAAACAACUCAAAAUUGAAUAUAUUGACAACAUUGAAUCUUCAACUCUUCAAGUUUUAUCUCUUUUCCCUGAACUACCGAGUCUCUACCUGAAUAUUGUGUCUUCAAAUGAAAACGAAACUUUUCCAGCUUCCAGAAUUCAUCCGAAUGUCCAAGAUUUGGCAUUAGAAAUCGUAAGUACUCUUUAUACGUUUUACUCUAUUUCAUCUCUAAUUGGCGUUUCCAUUUAUCUACAGAACUUGUCAUAUCGUAAUUUAAAGUGUAACCCUGAUAUCGAAUACUCAAAACUGUUCAAAAAUAUAUUGGUCAAGUUUCCUAAUUGCAAGAAUCUUAUGAUUCGACUUUACGAAAGAUGCAUAACUAAUAAGUUGAUGAUCGAGAUAAUUGAAAUGUUACCCAAUUUGAAUCUAUUUGUUCAAAAUGUAUAUCAACCUUUAGACGAUAUUGAAGAUCCAGUUUACUUUAAUUCAGUCGAUAGACAUUUCAAGACAACUGGUCGUAGAAUCGCUAUCUACUUAUUCAAGAUCAAAGGAUUUGGACGAAUCAGUAGAUACUCGCUGAAUGAAGAUAUUGCCAGUCCUUUCAGAACCGAUAACCCAUUCAUUCAUGAGUAUUUCCGUGGUUAAGGACAUUCAUCAAUUUUCUAAUCUGGAACACAAGGGCAAUCAAUUACAUUACCAUCUUAAAAGUCAACGUUAACUGUAAAUGUAAAUUGUGAUUUAAAUUGUCAAUUAUGUCAGAAUCAAGUGCGGCCGAAAAGAAAACCAGAAUUGUACAAUUAAGUGAUGCCGUUGAGGCCUUGAGUUUAUCAUUAUUUUUCGGUUCUAAAUCAAUCGAACCCAAAUCAAUAUACAGAUACUUAAAUGUACUAUUAUAUGAGAGUAAAAACUUAUAAUCACAAUAAUAAAUAAAGAGCAAAAAACAUGAAAUGUUUCUUGAGAAAAACAUAAUCACUAUGAUACUCGUUUCACCUUGGAAAAUAUAAUAGCUUAUAAAAUAUGAAGUUCAUGUAUAAAUGUUAAGUGGGCAAGCUGAAGAGGAAGAAGAGAAUAAAAAGAAAAAUAAAAACAAUUAUUGAAAAAGAACUAGAAAUAAAUUAAAUGAGAAGAGAAAAGAACAAUAAUCAAAAUUGUAUUACCAACACAUGGAAAUGGCUUAAAGUCAACGAUGGAAUAUUUUCCAAUGGGUAAUAUUCACAUAUACCAUGUAAUCUUGUUAAUCCUUUAAUCCCAAACAAUCUGUUCCAUUACCGGUGAGGUAAUGAUGUUAAUCAAGUGAGAAAACAAUUAGAAAUUAAAAAUUUAACAUGGUCAACACAAAAGUAUAAAUCAAGUCACAAGAAAAAACAAAAUGGUGUCAAACUGUUGAUCCUUUGGUUACACUUUCCAAGUUGGCGAAUUGAACAUUUUCCAUUGUAUCUUCAUCUUAAUCUUCUUUGACUCUUGUAGUAAUUAUCGUCUUCAUCUAACUGUUAUUACUUUUCUCUUUUCUCUUCAUUUUUAUUAUCACCAAAAUUAUAUUUUCGUUAUUAAAUCACUUUUAUUUUCUUCUCUUUUACUUUCCCUCAUUUUCCUUUUCUCUGUCUACACUUUUUCUUCUCUUUCGCAUCAAAAUUCCGUUACCAUGGUAACUGUUUUUUUCUUUUCUAAAAAAUCACCAACAACAUUUGAAGAUUUUUUUUCUCAUUUCAAUCUUUUAAUUGUUUACUUUUAAAUUGUUCUUUUUUUAAUUCAUUAAUUGUCUACAAUUAUCACCCCUUUACAUUGUUCACUUUCCUCAAUUAAAAUGUGAUGUUCUAUUAAUCAAUUGGACCCAAACUUAAAUUGGAUCCAAACUCUAGAUCUCUUGCUCUUAAAUCAUCCUCGGUGUUGAAAUUAUCAAAGGCUAAACAUUUGGUGGAUGAUUGUUUUUGUCUUUCCAAUCGCAAAAUUUGUAUAAACCGCUUACUUCAAUUGAUAUUAUUUCAUCUUUUUUUGAUUAUUAUCAACACUUCUAUCCAUUGGAUUAAAGUGUUUGUUUACUAGAAGAACAAGAAAACCAUAAUCAUUAAUCAUCAGUAAAUUGAAGAAGAAGGAGAACAACAAUAACAACAUUGGAAACUACAACACAACUAUUACUACUUUUUGUGUCUUUUCUGUUUAUCUUCAAGAAUCGUCUAGAAAUUGAUUAAUCAUCUGUUCGCCGUUUUUUUCUUUUAUUAAUUGCUAAAAUUAUCCUGUUCAUUUAAACACAAAUUAAAAGCUUCGUACCCUCACAACUCAAACGUACAAAUUAACUACAUUUAUGACUCCAUCACAAAUGGCUCCUGGUCGUGGUCGAAAAUCUUCACUCGUUUGGUCUUAUGUUUAUGAGACGUCCUCGGACUCUUUCCAGUGUGUCUUCUGUUCCAGUCGUUAUCGGCGAAAUGCUACUCAAAUUAAAGCUCAUCUUAUCGAUAAAUGUAGUUUAUGUCCUGUUGAGAUAAAAGCUAAUUUAAGUAAUGAGAAUGAAAGAUUCACUCAUAGAAGACAAAUGGAAGCUGGUGAUCUUAAUGAUCGAUCAGAUAUUCCUGGUCUUCAAGCGCAUCAUGAUAAAAUGAUGAGAGAAGUCAAUAAACGAAGACAAUUAGCUUUAGAUAAGCCACAUGAUGGUGCAGGAUCAUCAAGUUUCAUUGACAAAACAAUUAAACCUCACAUGGAUCCAGCAGAAGAGCAGGAAGAGCUACGAAUACUAUUUGCACGAGCUAUUUACAGUUCAUCUCUUCCCUAUCAUUUUGUUGAAAAUGAUCAUUGGAAAAAGUUUUUCCAUCGUCUUCGACCUGAUUUUGUUUUACCCUCGAAAAAUAUUUUAAACUCAACCCUUUUGGACAAUGAAUAUCGCCAAGUUAUGAGCGCAACCGAAGCUUAUCUAAGUAAAAGUGAAUGUUUAACUAUUGCUCUAGAUGGAUUUUCUUGUGCUCUCAACACAGAGAUUCUUAACAUCAUAAUCUGUACACCGUCUCCCGUUUUCCAUUCAUCCGUUGAUACCCGAAAUAAUCCACACACUUCGAAGUACAUUUUCUCUCUUUUAAAGCCAAUCAUCGAGGAUAAAGGUGGCGAGAAUUUCGUUGCCAUUUUAGCUGACAAUGCAUCCGAAAUGACAAUUUUAGGACAAGUUUUACGUUCAGCUUUUCCUCACUUACUUACCUUUGGAUGUGCAUCAUAUUGUCUCAACUCAUUACUAGACGAUAUUUCAAGAGUACCUGAAAUCGCUCAAAUAAUGGGAUUUGCACAAAGCAUUUCAACCGAAAUCAAAAGAUCUCAAGUUUUAAAUCCAAAAUUUCAAGAAAUAGCUGGUAAAUCAUCCGGAUUUGCCAAUAGUGGUCUACACAUGGCAUCGCUUUACUUUAAAUCAAGAUAUUCAGCACAUCUCAAUAUUAACCAACUUUCGAUCGGAAAACAAAUCCUUCGCUCAGUGGCCAUGGACUCAUCUGUCUCUAUGGACCCAAGAGUACGUGAGAUUAUCUUAUCAGCUGAUUUCUGGGAUCGUAUUGAUCACAUAAAGAUGAUUUUCCAUACAAUCCAAGAAUACAUCAACAUCAUAGAAUUAAAUUAUAGCCCCAUUUCCGAUAUUCCCGAUAUGUUCAGAGGUAUUCAAGAGCGUCUUGUCUCCUGUCAAGGAUCAACAGCUAUUUUUUCAUCUUUAAUACCACAAAUUUUACCGAUAGUUAAUGAAAAGAAAAGAUUCUUAACCGAUAUGAGUCCAGCGUAUUUCUUGGCCAACGUACUUGAUCCUCGUAAAAAAGGGGUAAAUCUUUCCGAACCUGAGCUUCAAAGUGCUGAGAAAUUUUUACUAGAUUAUGCUCGAGUCAUUUGGAGCAACGUUAAAACGGACAUUUUCGACCAAUUAAUUCGUAGCUUCAGUAAUUUCACCACCAAAACGGGUUACUUUGAAUCGGACAUGGUUUGGAAACAAGCAGAAAUUGUUGGACCUCUUGAAUGGUGGAAAUUCAUUCGUCGCCAUGAGUCUCAUCGAUAUCUUUCCGAAAUAGGUAUCAAAUUGUUAUCUAUUCCAUGUUGUAAUGUAACCAUUGAUAAAAUUCUCAUACAAAGAGGCCAUCAACCCGAUAAAAGGAAAUCCCGUUCACUAGAUAAUCGAAGCUCAAAACUUGUCGCCAUAAGAAGUAAUCUUCACCUUUUAGAAACCGUUUCAACUAAUCCAUAUGAUCAAAAGAUGUCACAUUCUGUACCAACACCUUUGACAAUAAUUCCCGAUUUACCUUAUGGUUCUGAAUCUGAUCGCUCAGAAGCUGAAGAUUCAAACAUGUUAGGUAAUGUUUUGUCAGCUGAUGACUUCCAUUAUGAAUAUGACCAACAAUCAGCAAUAAUCAGCACAAUGAACUCAACAUAGAAUCAAAUUUUAAAAAGUCCAACAAUAAUUAAUACAAUUAAUUUUUCCUUCUCUCUAUCAUCAUCAUCAUCAUCAUCAUCUCUCUCUUUCCUUUACCCCUUUAGAGUUUAAUCAAAUUUCAUUAACUUCUUCCAUGUCUUCUAAUAGAACCACAUCAAGCUUGUCAUCAUUAAUUAUCAUCUAAUAAUUAUGAAUGAAGAGUAACAUGAACUUUUCUUUUUAUAUAAAAUAAAUUGUAACAAUAUGAUUGUAAUUAUACAUUAUGCUCACUUUUAAUGUGUUACUUUUAACUAUUCAUAAAUUAAUCAUGAAAAAAAGAAAUGCACCCAAUUGAAUGAUUGAAAAAUCAAUUCCAAGAACUAAAUUGUAAUUAAAAAUCUUAAAUGAAAGUUAACUGGAUUGUUCGAGAACAAUAAAAUCAUCUUCAAUUUAAUCUGAUUGUCAACUGAUA